UCCGUGAUCUGCAGCACGUGCUCAACGUCAAGGUUUGUGCCCGGAGUACCCACACAUCGUUACCGGACCGACUCCGAGUCUAAACUCUAUCUCUACUCAACGUUGACUUCAUACCGGACGGUUCCUUGGUUCUUCCACAACCUUCGUAGGACGUAGUUAAUUCGCCGCUCCUCUGCUCUUCACGCGUGUCCGCGCGAUCCUCGAUGCACCACUGCCCCCAGCCAUGGAUCAGAUGUGCCUCGCGGUGUACGCACUCCAUCUUCCAUUGUGAUCGAGAUUUGACUGACUCGAUUCCAGGAGGAUAUGUCAGCCAUUGUUCAGAUAAGUACCGGAGAUCGUGGGUCUUGGGCGCCUUUGAGGUUUGAACGGAGAGGGAGAUAUACGGUCCAUCAGUAUCGAUUUUGCACUCUCAUACUGUCAUACAAGCGGCCCACGACGUCACCUCGCCCUACCCACCCUGCCAAUGAGGUGCAGUGAGCUUACAUAGCCCACUUGCCUCGUCUACGCUGCCCAUACAUACUUGCUGCUGCUCCAUCUCAAUAUGCCCGACGAUUCCUCGGGUUCCCCGCAGCCCCCGCCCCAGACAUCGAAGCUGGUGGUUCACGAUGUCCGCCGAAUCAGCCACGCGUCGCACGAUAGUACCCGUUCAUGGGUGCUCACCCAGCAGCAGCAGCAGCAGCAGCAACUACAACAACAGACUGGGGAUCCCGAGGCUGUAGGACCCCGCCCACGUCCUGUGAGUCAAGGCAGUCGCCCGCUCCCCACACCGCCUCUCCGGACAUAUUCCGGUGCAGCACAGCGAUUGACGGUCGACGACGAGAUCGAGGGCGAGCACAUGUGGGUCAAGCUUCCGGAGGCUGCGCAGGCGGGGUACGGGUUCGGCUAUGGCCCGGAGGUGGGUCCGGGCAUCAAUGCGAAAGCGCAGAAGGAGAUGGAGCGAGCGAGGGAGCGAGAGAAGAAGAGCCGCAAUAACAAGGACCGGGCCGAGCAGAAGGCACAAGCUCCUGAGAAGGGCGCCGGGACGACCAGCUUCGUCGGUGGAUUCGUGUCCGGGCUGCGCCGACUCCCCAGGACGUUCGUCCGGAAUCGGGCGCGGCGGGGGACGAUCGGCACGGAGACCACCACCGCCGCGACGCUCCCGCAGUACGCCUCGAAUCCGCCGACACCGAUCGUCCCGCCCGCCUUCAACAAUUCGCAGCACAGGAGCCGGAACAGCGAAGACGCGCGUAUGCGCGAGUCGCCCCGUGCGCAGUUCCCGAGCUUCCGCGUCGUGCCGCCGGAGGGCGACGCGCUGGGCGAGCAGGCGCAGGUCGUGCAUGAUCUGGAUGCGCUCGAGGCAGGGACGCCCGCCGCGAUGCCUGGUGGACUGGAGCUGGCGCCCGAUCCGAUGCCCAGCACGGCCGACGACCACGCGUAUCACCGCGAGCGAUCGCACCCCCCAACAACGCGCACGAACACACACCCGGACACGCUCCCGGCGCAUGUCCCGUCGAUCGUGUUGAGCCGUGCGCCGUCGGCGUCUGUGGUCACACGCCUUCCCCUCGACGCUGCUGCUGCUGCUGCUCUCCCGCCGCAAGCGGACGACGAGCCGGUGUCGAUCAACGCACGCCCGCGGCCGACGGAGGAUUACCGACGCAUGUCGACGCAUAUUUCGCAUCCUCAGAGCGGCACGACCGUGGAUUCAGCUGCGUAUGGCGAGAGGUCGUCGCAGGACUUCAGCUCCGACACGCCGUCGUUCUCCGCAGAGCUCCGGGAGCAGCGGCAACGCCAAGGCGGGAAUGCCUGGAUUCGCUUCUUUGGUAAGCUGCACGCCAUGCCCUGGGUCGUUGGCGAGGAAGAGCGGAUCACGGUGGAUUGGAAGCCCAAGAAGCUCAAGCCGAAGUCCGUCCCGGAGAAUUCGUGGUAUCGACCAGUCGAGGAGCGCGAAGAGAGAGAGAAACAGGAGGCGGAAGAGAAGGCUCUCAGGAGAGAGCGGAGGGCCCGCGCCAGAGAGAGGAGGGAGAGAACUCUCAGGGAGCACGGUACUCAGGACGACGACGAAAACGAGCGGACGACCGGCUCCCCCAUUUCUUCGCAUUCACACUCACCACAACAAGCGCCCUACUAUCCCCCGAAUCCGUAUCCGUAUCCGUACUACCCCAUGGCAUACAUGCCGGCUUACCCGCCUACGCCGCCAAUCACACCGCCCAGUCCCGGCAGGCGGCGCGCAGCGUCGCCGGGCGCAGGCAAGUCCAAGCCGCGCGGAUCGAAACGCCGCAGGCCGAGGUCGCAUCCCCACCUCGGCCCCGCCAAUCCUCAGUCCGGCCAUCCCUUCCCCCCGGCGUGGAUGCCCGUCUCGCCCACCCCGCUCUACGUGAUCCAGGCGACGCCGCCCCCGACACAGACCGGCUCCCCGCCGCCCCCGCCACUUCAUGACGAGCCCCGGCCGGGGUCGGGCGCGGGGUCGGGGUCGGGUGCUGUUGCGGCGGGUGCUCAGGCCGGCCACGGCGGAGGAACGCCGGUGUUGACGCCGAUGCUCGUGCAGCAUAUGCAUGUUCCGCCCGGCGGCAGCCCUGUGUUUCUCGCCGGGAACGCCGGUGGGCCGGGGUAUGCCUAUGCGUGGACGCCACCGCCGGGAUGAGCGUGUUAUUUCGUGUAUUAUUUUGAUGUAGAUGGGUUUACCAAUAGUUAUAUGUGUACUACUUGCACUGUAUGUGAAUACAGUAUCAACUGCCUCCAAGCCACGGAUUCGAUGGGAUACGUUGGAAGUCAGACUUGGUCAUAAGAUCGGGAGCGAUCGAGUGCUUCCACUCUUCUCCCUUCACUGUGCGAAGAAGCCUCCUCCGACGGAAAGGAGCCGGCGCGUGUCAAGCCAUAGUCAUGGGACUCGUCAUGUUGAGGUUCCAUUACUCCGCCCGACGGGUCCCGUCUCGUCAUAAACAUCGCAGACGAGCGUACCGAGAGCAGGCGACGCGCGAAGCAAUUUGACGGAGUGGGUGCUUCGCAGGGCCGGGGGAGCGUAUAACAGGACGAGCACAGACACGGUCUCGGUCCUGCCAUUCUUCCUUUCCAUCCAGCUCAUUCCCAGCCCGCUAUGUCCACCACCGUCCGCGCUGUAUUCGUCAGUGGGGCCAACCAAGGUCUGGGCUAUCACACCGUGCACCAGCUCGCGCAGACGCCGAACAAGGUCCUCUUCAUGGGCGCCCGCCGAAUGACCGCCGCAGCGGAAGCCAUCACUCAGUUGACGCCGGACAUCCACCCCACCUCCCGUGUGUUCCCCGUCUACAUCGAUCUCGCGAACGAGGAGUCGAUCACGGCGGCGAAGGAAAGCGUCGCCGCGAAGCUGAAGGAGCUCGGGGUCCCGGGCCUGGAUUUCCUAAUCAACAACGCAGCGAACUCGGAAGGCCCCGAUAUCCUCGUGCUGACGAUCAACAUCGCGGCGACGAUCGCAGUCAAGAACGCCUUCUACCCGCUGCUCAACAAGGGCGGCGAGAUCAUCAACAUCUCCUCCGAGCUCGGCUCCCAGACGCGCCACGCCGACCGCCCGCCGAUCCGCCCGGCGGGGCUCAAGACGUACAGCGCGAGCAAGGCCGCGCUGAACAACCUCACGCUGCAGUGGGCGUUCGAGGAGGAGGAGAAGGGGACCGGCAUCCGCGUUGUGUCGAUUUGUCCUGGCCUCAAUGCAACAAGCAUGGCGCACUUCGUGGAGGCCGGAAUGCAUCCGUCUGAGGGAUGCAAGGUGAUGGUGAAAGAGGUUCUGACGCCCUCGGGCAAAAGCGGCGUGUUUUUCAAUAAGGACGGCCCGCUGCCUUGGUAGGGUGCAUCACUUCACUCGAGUAGUUUGUGAGAGGGGCGAGCCUGUGAGCGACCUCGAAUUCAUACGAUAUCUGCUAAAACACUGCAUGCCCUGGACGUGAAGCUGCUGUUUUCGUCAUGGAUGGUGAAAACACCGCAGGAACAGCGUGUUUGCUCUACGCAGCUCAGCUCAGCUUUGGAGUGCGACAGGGAGGCCAAAAUUACGUGAGAUAAUGGUCGCCUUCGAGUCGGGCUGUCUGCUUUUCAAGCUGCCCAGGUCAUUGGGUUCAUUCCCUCAAAUGGGGGGAUCCUGCAGGAUCCAGUCUUGAAUUUGAUCAUGACAGCGUCACAGGUGAUCAAGGAGUCACUGGCCAAGAGAGAAUACGUUUGACAUCCUGCACCGUUUCUCAGUCCCGAGAAUCGUCUCACUGCUCAAGGCACAGAAAAUGAAGCUGCUUAGUUUUGAAGUUUCAAUUUUUUUUUCUACAUGAACUAAUAUUUGAUUUCCGGAGCCAGUGAGAUUUGCCUGCUCUGGUGAUAGUGAUAGUAUUAUACACGGCAUGGUCCAAUCACUGAACACCGUGUUCCCAAGAUUAUCCUAGCGCUAGGUACAAGCUAAAUACGCGCCUUCGUCUUGGACCCCCAGCUGCUUAUCCGACGAGCUUUUCAGCACAUAACUCCGAACGUCUAUCAAGGAGUAAGCAAGAAGGGGGCAGUUGGUGUGCGCUGCCUUGUUGUCACAAAGUAGCAGCACGUUGUAUGACUAUCUGUCGUCACAGAGUAGAAAUACAGUGUGCUCGUAGGUAUAACAAGAACCACUUGAUACCCGCUCCCCAGGGAGAGUGACCGCUGGUUGGCCUGGGGGUGUUGAGAGGCAGUGUGGAUCAUGAUCGAUGAUGGAGGUGACUCGGUGAGUGAGGUGGUCACGCUCACAGGUGAGGGUGGAGGACGAGGUCCGCUUGCCGUUUGAUAUGGGGAAUGCCAUCGGUGAGGUCGGCGUGAUAACAGUCUGAGGGGACAGACUGUUCCACUCCUUGCUCAAGAGCGGCUUCCGGCACAGUCUUGAGACUGGCAAGGGUAGCAAGGAUGGAUGCGUGGCCAGUCUUGAUGCUGGUGACACGAGAGUUCCAGCCCUGGAUCGAGUCCACGAUGUCGUAAUUGGCCAAUGAGCUCAUCACAGACAGUUACAGCCUGGAGGGUUCAGGAGACCUCAAGGGCUGAGCGAGUAUCGCACAUAGAGGUGCGGAGGACGCCGAUGUUCUCACGUAGCGUGUCAAGGUCUGAGGUAAAUGUGAAGAUAGCUUCCUCGACACGCAUAGCCAUAGAGGCGAUGGAUGCCUGCCGCAGUGGACUCGAGUUUCAAAUUCAUUGUUUUGAGUGGAGAUGCAGGAGGGGCCAGAGGGGACGUGGAGGUGACAGGUGUAAUCCCAGACGUCGCGUCGGAGGCCGAGUUUUGGCGCAUGAGUGCAGCCUUCUAAGUAGCGUCGUCGUCGGGCCAGGUGCAACAGUGACGGGAGUCACAGCCGCGGUGGUGGAGGCGGUCGUGUUGGCCCAGGGCCAGCUGAUGCCAUGGUCGCGGUAGUGGUCCUCGUGUCCUCGCCCACUGCAGGUUUCGGGGCUUCAUGUGCGGGCACGAGGUGCAGGGCGUCACAGGAUUUUGGGCUUUGGGGGCAACCACGAGGCGCUGGACACCGGACACGUGUAGUGUGAUACGUCGGUCUCAGCUCGACACAGCAGAGAGGAAGGAGGCUCAGGUGCGAGUGGGGAAAGAGUUGUCGAAAAUUUCACGUUUAUCCGACGUUCCGCCGCGCGGAAAACCGCAUUUUUUUUCACUCAAUUGUUUGUCAGGUACGAGUGUGUAUGAUUCUCCUCUCGUGUACGGGCCGAUUCUGUAGAGAAAAGGGCGUAGGACGUUUUUUCGAGGGGUUGGUGAAUCAGGGAUGGUGAUGGUUCGUGGUAGGAGAUC